GAACACGGCUGGUUUUAGAGAAAGAUUGGCUUUGAGACCAUGGACCUGUGGAACGUGAGUAACAAUGACACGCAUGACAAUACCAGUGUGGAGAUACCUUACACUGAGAUGCUCGGCUACAGGAUUGGCACGAUCAUUGUCAAAUACGCCCAGAUCAUCACCGUCCUGAUAGCCGUGGUGGGAAAUGGCGCCGCGCUUCUCACCAUUGCCAAAAUCAGACCCGCCUCCACCGUCACCCUCUCUGUGGGCGUCCUCGCUGUUGCCGAUACUUUGGGUAUCAGCGUGAAGCUUACUUAUACCAAACUGACAUUCAGUGGCGUACCACUGGGAGAUGUGGGUUGUCAGAUAUUUAACUUCCUGGUGUCUUAUUGUGUGGAUUACGCCAACUGGGUUGUUGUUUUGAUGACUGUGGAGAGGUUUGUGGCUGUUUGGUACCCCCUUCAGGUUCUCCGGGUUUUAACAAUGAGGAGAGUCCGUUUCAGCUACUGUAUCUUAGCCAUCAUACUUUUGCCGUCCAGUCUUUGUACUUUCUGGAUGUAUCAGCAAAUAUACUACCCAGGUUACGGGAUCAUUUGUUAUUACAAGCCCAGUAUGGUGGCAUUCGCGGAGAUGUGGGACAAGGUUGAGUUUUGUAUCUAUGUGGCCAUUCCAUGCGUGUCGUUGAUUAUAAUCAACUCUCUACUCAUUUACGCCUUAAAAGCUUCGUCAGCAAGUCAGCGCCAAGCUCUGGGAUCUAAUGCCCAGAAGAAGGACCGUAAACUGAUGGAGCGUCAGAUGACAGUAAUGUUAGUGUCGGCGUCUGUGGUCUUCAUUCUACUCAUGUUUCCGGUUGGAAUAUUUUACUUGGUACGGCCAAACUGGAACUACCAGAAAACAGAAUGUUCCAAAGCCACCUACUAUCUUAUUCGUAGCGUCGUUCAUUUCCUCGCUGACCUUAGCCACGCUGUUAAUUUCUUCGUGUAUUUUCUCAGUGGUACUAAGUUUCGACAAACAUUUAUUUCUCUUUUUCCAUGCAUGUGUCGUGGACAGCGUCUUGGUCCACGCAAUCAGUCGCUAUCUCUGUCAGGAUCUACACGGGCAACACUAACUGCAAACUGAUUCUUUAUCUGACAGCUUGAUCCUCGUUUGGAUUGAUCUCUGCUUGCUUGUUUAAACAUUCUUGAUCAUGUAACGAAGGUUUUGGUGAAGAAAGAGAACACAUCGCAACCAGUCAUAGUAUACUGGCAGAAGUAAAACAGUCUCUGCAAUAUCCUCCAAUUGUUUUAAAGCCCUAUAUAUGAAUUUGGUCUCCCAUUUGUGAUCUAAUGUAAUCGUUCUGUAAUUUUUCAAAGCCAUUGUCAUGUCAUUUGAUGGUUUAGUGCGAUGAUGCCUUUGCCCUUAAUGCAAAUAAAA